CCAGGAUGCUUUGCGGGUGUGGGUCCGCUGUUAGGGGGCGGAGCUAAGACCGGAAGUCGAGCGCUGGUGGCGGCGGUGGCUUUUGCAACCCGGGACUGAGUGCAAGGUGACUAGUCAUCAUGAUCCUCCAGCGGCUCUUCAGCUUCUCCCUCAUCCGUUCUGCUGUCUCUGUCCAUUUGAGGAGGAAUAUUGGUGCGACUGCGGUGGCCUUUAAAGAACUGGAUCCUGUCCAAAAAAUCUUUGUAGACAAGAUUAGAGAAUACAAAACAAAGCGACAGUCAUCUGGAGGACCUGUUGAUACUGGCCCAGAAUAUCAGCAAGAGCUGGAUAGGGAGCUCUUCAAGCUUAAGCAGAUGUAUGGCAAAGCAGACAUGAAUACGUUCCCUAACUUCACAUUUGAAGAACCCAAAUUUGAAGUCAUCGAUAAACCCCAGUCCUGAAGAAAUGAUGUAAAGUAACCUGGUCUUUUGUCCUAGAUGAGUUUUACAACUGGUAAUAUCAGCAGCAGCAGAGUAAACACAUCUCACCACUGUCAAAUGUUCUUUCAAUUCUGAUUCCAAAUAAAUGAUUUGGGCGUUUA